AUGUUUGUACUCUUGAUUGUUCUAUGUUUUUUACGUGUAACCGCCACAAAUAACGAAACAUCUCCUGGUCUUCUUGAAUUGUCGUAUAACAAUAACUACUACUUUCUUUCAACGUUCAUCGUUGGAUACGGGUAUAAAAUGCUCCUUCUGGACACUGCUUCACCAUUACUCAUGAUAAAGUCUUCUUCUUCGGAGAUCAGUAACAACACGAGGGGUUCCAAAGGCAACUUCGACAUUUACUCGGACCUUUGCACGGUAUCCCUCUCUCUGAAGGAACCGUGGAAGCGGGAGAUACAAAUACUCAACGUUGAUCGCAACGAAACUUUUGUUUUUACGGGAGAGGACGUUUAUCCCUAUGUCAUCGUUUCUCACCAGUUCGUUCCUCCAUUUCCCCUAAAUUUCAGAGGCGACGACAUCAUUCCCCCGAUCGUCGAUUGGCGAUUCCACGCUGACGGUAUAUUCGGUCUCGGCUGCUACAGCGAGUACAAACUGAAGCCUCCCCGCGCUGCUUUCUACAAAUCGUCCAAGAUCCUUUCCUUCGGUCUCUUACUCGACGAAGAAGACCCUCACAUCGACAUCAAUCACUUUAGCGAGGACUACCUCAACUCCAUGAUCUGGAGCGACAAGAUGACCGACCAAUCCCUCUCCAUUUCCUCCUACUACUUCCAUCUCUACGACUUCUCCAUCUGCGGACACGCUCUGCUCGGCACCUUCUCCACCCAUUACCCCGCGGUCAUCAGCACCACCUCCAAAUGUCUCUCCCUUCCGCGCGAAGUUUUCAAUAAUUUGUGCGGAUGGCUCCUGCUCGACUGCCCGGCCAACGGCACGCCCGGACGCGAUCGAUUGUGCUAUCUCGGCGAGAACUGGAGAAACGUGGAAAAGUACCCGACGAUCGAGUUUCGAUUGCGAGCAAAUGGAGAGAUCGUGCGAAUCUCGCUGAAAGACUUGAUUAUCGAGGAAAACGGGCUCAAAUAUGUGUGUAUCAUGAACGGAACGAGCGUCGAUCAGCCUUUGGCGCAUCCCUUGCGCAACAACGCGUUUGUGUUCGGAACGCUGGCAUUGCGCGCGUUCUACGUUGCGUUCAAUAGUUCUGCGGGCCGUAUUGGGUUUUCUCGUCUGUAUGAGCAAGUGGGCGAGGAGAUUGGGAUGGAGAUUAGGAAUCGGUGGUGGAGAAUUGCCUGGGUCCGCGGCGAUGUUUACAGGGUCAGAGCUAUGUAG